AUCAAAAACAAUAUAGAGGCUACGAAAGCAAAUAAAGAGACUAGUUUUUGUUUUCCAGCAGAAACGAAAAGAAAUUCAGUUCAGAAGUUCAGCAUACGACAGGAACGCAUAAGCCCUAUCGUACUUUUCGUGAUGUUUUUUCCCUUCGCACUUCUGUUUUUCUUGGUGAUCACUUGUGUGACAGGACUCAGAAGUGAUUACGUCACUUCUAUCUCCCCUCAUGCCAACACAGGAUGGGGCUCUUGGGGUCGCGCUGACUGGUGUCCAUUUGGACAUUACGCUUACGGUUUUCAGCUCAAAGUAGAGGGAAACCAAGGAGGCGGAGACGACACAGCGGUUAAUGGGAUCAGGCUUCACUGCAGGUCUGCUUGUCACAAGUUUGGUGGUGACAUCACAUCUUCUGUCAUGGUUUGGGGAAACUGGGAAAACUCUAAAUAUUGUUCGUGGAACAAUUUCCUUAUGGGAGUGUCUAUGAAAUCUGAGCCGCAUCAAGGAAGAAGGGGGGACGACACGGCGGUGAAUAACUUUCAAUUUUUAUGCCAAUCAAUUUACCGCCACCACGCAAUCCAUACUCUGACCGGUCAUGGGAUGCCCUGGGGACAUUGGAGCAGUCCUGUGCAUUGUCCCAAGAAUUCUUACAUCUGUGGCAUCAAAACCCAAGUGGAAGGUUUUCAGGGACGCCGCGGAGACGACACUGCUCUCAAUGAUGCUAUCUUCUACUGCUGCAGGUUGAAAAGAAAGACAUGUCGUGGCUAGCUCAACCGGUCCCAAAGAUGAGCCUACUUGUCGCAAACAGUAGUUGCAAGAUUGAAAACAAUGAGAUGUUACUAACUGAUGAACUGGUAAAUUAAGCAAAAAUCAAACUAAUAAACUUAAGUAAAGUAAAUUUAAAAUAAUCAAUUUACUUGUUCAAAAAGAAACUGAUAUAUCAGUAUGAGUUAGCUGUAAUCUAAAAUUAAAGAAUAUGGGACGAUGAGAAAAGUUAAAUAAAACAUUCCAAGCAUGUUUUGCA